CGAAUAAAGAUUAAGCAUUGACACAUCAUAACAUCAAAUGUCAAGUACCAACCUUUAAUUAAUUUAAUUGACAUUAAUUGAAGAUUUUAUUAUCAGGACAGUAUUGUAAAAUUUGGUAUAACCCUUAGUUGAGUUCCAGCGAAUGCUCAUCAAUGGAGGAAGAGAUUACGCUGACGGUGAAAUGGAGUGGGAAGGAGUUUUCUGUUCGAGUCUGCGGUGACGAUACGAUUGGGGAGCUCAAGCGUCGUAUUUGUCAAUCCACAAAUGUCCUCCCGAAACGUCAAAAACUUCUCUACCCUAAAAUCAUGGCUCCUAAGCUUUCAGAUGAUUCAACUCUUCUCUCUCUUUUACCUCUUAAAUCUUCUGUCAAGAUGACUAUGAUUGGGUCUGUUGAAGAUGAUAUAAUCAUUGAUCCAGUUGAUGCUCCUGAGAUUGUUGAUGAUUUUGAAAUUGGACUUGAUGAAGCUGUUGAAGUAAAGGAUAAGGAGAUUAACAAGCAGAAACUUAGGAGGCGCAUUGAUCAGUAUAAGAUUGAAGUACGGAAUCCCUGCCGAAAGGGAAAGAAGCUACUUGUUCUUGAUAUUGACUAUACUCUAUUUGACCAUCGUUCACCUGCAGAAAACCCUUUGCAGCUUAUGCGUCCUUAUCUCCAUGAAUUCCUCACUGCAGUUUAUGCUGAGUAUGAUAUAAUGAUAUGGUCUGCAACGAGUAUGAAGUGGGUUGAACUAAAGAUGGGGCAACUUGGAGUACUUGACAAUCCCAACUACAAAAUUACUGCACUUUUAGACCAUUUAGCAAUGAUCACGGUUCAAUCAGAAUCACGUGGUGUUUUUGACUGUAAACCCCUGGGUUUGAUAUGGGCUCAGUUUCCCGAGCAUUACAAUUCAAUGAACACUAUAAUGUUCGAUGAUUUGAGAAGAAAUUUUGUGAUGAACCCACAGAAUGGACUGACAAUCAGACCCUUCAGAAAAGCUCAUGCUAAUAGAGAGAGUGAUAAUGAACUAAUAAAGCUCACACAAUAUCUGCUUUCUGUCGCUGAACUUGAUGAUCUCAGUGCCCUUGAUCAUCGUAGAUGGGAAUCAUACACUGAUGAUAAUUCAAAACGACGUCGUCGUGCUUGAUGCAUCUUCUAUUGUUCUAAUGCUAUAGACUGGCAGCAGAAGAUGAAUUGUAUUGUAUUAAUUAUCAAGAUUAUGCUUUUCUUUCUUUUUUUUCUUAGAUAAAUUAUGCUGUUGCAGAUCAUCAAGUUCAUGAUUAGUAGUAUAAUAUUACUGUGGUGUUUCUGUAAAACAGAUUGAUGUGAAAAUUAUGUUUAAUAUUGGCAUUUUUUUGAAAAUAAGAUUCUGAUAAAUGUAA